AAAAACAUCAUGUUGUACGCAAUACUAUAUCCGCGCGGUCGGGGUGGACCGCCUACGUCCACGACCAUCCGCCGUCUGCAUGCUCCCACCUUACCUUACGUCUGAACACAACUGCCGGUUUCCGUCUCUAAUUUCAGACCACAAUCCUUUUACGAGUCUUGUGCACGAUAGCUAUUACAGGCUCUACGAGGACCCCUGCGCUUACCCGUGCCUUCGGCACAAAAAUGUUGAGAGGAGAGAAGACAAGGCUACCUCUAUGGCGAGCGCGACGUCUCUCCCACUCCGCGGCCUACUACAGCCGGCCUCUGAGGAGAUAUUAUACCCGUCUAGACUGCAAGAUACUAGUCCUAUUAAUCCUAAUCUCCCUUUACGUGUUCUUCUCCCUGUGGCAACCCCAUGUCGAGGUCACCCUCUACUCGCGACGCUGGAUACGGAACGAGGUGGAGGUUCUGCAGCCGCUCUCGGGAUGUUUCGACGAGCACCGGGUCUCGCACAAGUACAAUGUCUCGCAGGCGGUUUAUGGCGCGAAGAGGAUGGAGAUACACGCAGGGAUACCCAUGCGCCUCGGCAUGGACUGCUACAACUUUGCUGGUACAAUCAAGUCCACUCAGGACGUGUCACACCAAUGGAUACCACCAGACGAACGCAUCCAGUACCACACUUACUGGCGAGAUGACCUCGCACAUUUCGGCGAGCGGCAGGAAUGGAUGAUCAAGUCGUUUUUUGCUACGCAGAAUACCGACACCUCACGUCUCAUACUAUGGUCGAACGGCGAUCUCAGCCAAAACAAGAUCGUGCAAAAGUGGAUCCGCCGGUAUCCUGACUCGUUUACGGUGAAGCUGGUGGAGCUGGGCAAGCUAGCGAAGGGCACAGAGCUGCAGGGGAGUAAGCUGCUGCAGCUGAAGGAUAAAAAGGCGUGGAUCGAUGGAGACAUGGUUAGGCUGCUGGUGUUGUGGGCGUACGGAGGAGUUUGGGUGGACAUGGACUCGUUGCUGACACGAGACAUUGCGCCUUUGCUCGAGCACGAGUUUGUGACUCAGUGGGAUUGCUACGACAAGGUCUAUAUACCUUUCAACGGCGCCCUGAUGAACUUCCACCAACACUCUCCUUAUCUAUGCGAAGCCUUCCACAUCAUGGCCAACGGCCCCACACCUCGAACGGGCACGACCGACUGGGGAGCUACAUUAUAUCUCAAGUUGUGGAGAAGACUGAUUGAAGCAGAGAUUCCGCCAUUCAAGGUUCUCCCGUUCUGUCUCUCCGACGGCCGCUCUUGUCGACUAGACAACCGGCUACCAGACCCAUUCGUGCCAGACCCAUCAAACGGUCGAUGGACGAUGGGCAUGACGCGGGAAGAAGGUGGUGGGCUGGACAGAGUGCUCGGGAAGGUAUUCUCUGUGCACUUGCACAACCAGUGGGAGAAGGCGUUCCCGAAGGGCGGCUGGGUCGAGAGAUUACUCCUGCGCCGGUACGAGGAGAAGCUGAGGCGAAUAAAACCGAGGAACGGUGGAACAGACACAUAGUAUUUCUCGACUCCGUAACCUGAGCGAAGCCAUUAACGGCGUACUGUACUGUAAUGCUUAAUUCCACGGACCACGCCAUCCAAGAGUUAUAUACCUCCCAAUAUUUUACUUCUUUCAAGAUAUGGACUUGUGCCGCCCUUCCUAAGCCCAUGUCUGG